CCAUUACAAUGUUCUUUAAAGACCACUAAUAAGGGGCUAAUGGAAACAGUACACCUGAAACUACAGUGUCGUUUCCGCCUCCCCACCUCGAGACAGGGCUGGGUUCCUUCCCUUCUACCUGGGCCAGCCGCGCACGGGAAGUAAUGGCGACAUAGUUGGACUACACUGCUCGGAUUUCAACGUUAUUUCUUUUCCAGUCAACGUCCACAGCCAUGAGCCAACCAACCCGUUCAAACCGGGGCCACAGAGACAGAAAUGGUGACCGUAGGCAGCCCCGUGAGCCACACGGUGGGGGGAGUUCAUCAUCUGACAGAGCAUCUUCCCAACAUCCAUACCACUCCAGAGAAAACGACCAUCAACCCACACAUACGCAGGGUGUGCCACAUGUUGAACGUCACGACUCCAAAUGCACACACAUGUGCUCCAGGAGAGGUAUUGUUCUGAUCUGUUCUGUGCUGACCAAUGGUCUGGUCUUGGUCUGCGUGGUGGCUGCUCAGAUGGUGAUGUCAGGCUUGUCUUCCAUGGGAGGUCUGGGCGGCAUCAACAUCAACUCCAACUUUAACCUGCAAGGCACUGAGCUGCAGAAGGUGCGAGAACUGGACAUGCAGUACAGCCAGAUGAGAGCGCCGGGAAUCUACGGCGGCAUUGCCUUCAGCCUGACAAUGGGUGUGGUCUCGCUCCUAUUUGUGGUUGCAGGCAACAAGCCCCCCCACCAUAUAUCCCGUAAGCUUUUUUAUGGAGCGCUGGUGUUUCAGGCUGUGGGAGCUGUGGCCUACGUGGUGGCUGUUGGCCUCUAUCUGCAUUUUGUCAUCAGGGUCAAUGCCACUGAUGUGUGCCAGCAGCGCGAGCGGCUGUAUGCACGAAACGGGUAUACUUGGAUGAACUGUGACGUCAGUGGCGCAGAUGCAGCUGUGGCAUUAUUUGGACUCAUUACGGCGGUCCUGUAUGCUGUCGGAACGGUUCUCACCAUCCAAACCAUGCGUAGGGUGAAGCGCUACUUGCAAGAGCGAAAACACCGUGAGGUGGAGAGAGAGCAGCCGAGAUCCCACCCUCAGAGGGCCCCACUGAGGGCCGAAACCACAUCUGUAUGAAUGAGACGGGCAGUUUUGCCACUUUCUCUAAACAUAGACCCCAAUAUGUUAUAUUUUUGUACAAAAAAAAGUCUCAAAAGGACGGCUUGUCGUAUUAUCGGGGUCUACAACUAGAAAUGUAUAUGAGGAAAUAGAAGCACCAUCUCAGGUCUCCUCUUUCCCCUCUCUAUGUGUGGCAGAAUGCUCCAAAAACUUUAAAAGUAGAUUUUAGAAGGUUUUCAUGACAUCUGAGCUGGUAGAAGUAGAAGAAUAUAAAAAUAACCAACAUAUUCAACCCAGCAUACAGCAUUUUGGUUUGGAAUAUUUGACUUAAUGUACAUCACGUAAUAUGUGGCAAAAGCUGCUUGAUUAUGUCCUUAGUUUAAACUUGUGUUUUUACUGCACAAAAAUGCCAUUGUGAAUGCUCAACUAAUCUUUUGUUACCGAACUACCAGCGUGAACACCUUAAAAGCUUGGCAAGUUGUCAAGGAGUUCUGAUGCCAAUUUUAACAUCACGGUGAUGAGUGAUGCAGAGUCACCCAACAACUGUCAAGCAGCCACUCUACCAGUUAUUUCACUAAUAUUGAAACGGUGAUUUUGAAAACAAAAAUCUCGGGUCGUCUUAUAUUUGGGUCAGUACGGUGUACUGUAUAUCUUCAUGGCCAUCUUUAUUAAAGACAUGAGUCAACAUGAAAUAGUUAUCUGAAAAUGUACAUGUUUUAUAUAUUGUAUUAAAAGAGCUUUCUUGUGCAUUGAGAAAUAUGUAACAGUUGUGAGAACAUUCACUGGGCCGGUUCGUACAGUACGAUCCUCUUGUUCAGCAUUCACUCACCACCGCAGCACCACUCAAUACUGCCAUAACACAAACAUGGAACAACAGCCUUCAGAAAUAAAUCUGUUCUCUCAGAGAAUAUUAGCAUGCAUCAGUGACUAGGUCACUUAAGAGUUUUAAACUCCUUGGAGUUAAACAGUUUACUAACCAGACCCUCCAGGAUUUCACAAUGUUGCGAUUCUUGCAAAUUCCCGGAAAAUAUGCGCAACCUCACAACUACGUCCAGUCCCGACAACUUCCCCACACGUUUUGGCCAAUCGUCAUUUUCGACCAUCGAAUUUGUCCCUGAAUAACGGUCAAACGCGCACAUCAACUGUCUAACCAAUCAAAUGUGGUCCUGCAUCGCCCAGCCAUGUCCUACUUCCUUAUUCACAUUGGCAGACGUCUGUGUGAGAUGAUAAUCUCAUCAUCUCUCAUUUACCAACAAAAAUCACCAAUAUAGAUCACAGCAGACAAUAAGGGAGCCUGUGGUGGUGUUUUGCAAACGAUGCACACAUUUGUGUUAAGUGGUCAUGUGUAAAAAUACCAGCAGAUGGAACACACUGAAGGCAACUGUUGGUUAAGACAUGUAGGUAAACACACCAUGCCUAAAUACACUAUGAAAAAAAUAAUACAGUAGAUCCCUGCUAUUCACAGGGUUUAUUUUCCAAGACCACUCGAUUGGAGUAAUUGAUACGCCCAUGAAAAUGUUUUACUUUUGACACAGAGCCCCCUACAAAUCCUCCUGCUAGCUGGAUGUUGUUGUCUUCCGAUUUCAGAUCAACAUUUGCAAUAAGCGUGACUGUUGUAAUUAUUCUCCAGAACCUCUCUCUCUUCAAUAUGAAUCACAUCAGCACUAAUGAAUGAUAAUGUAAGACGAUGGAUGAACAGAUGGAAUCUGAGUCACGGUGUAGAAGUUUAGUUUCACUUUUGCGUCUCACAGCAACUAUGGUGCGUUCAAGGACUGCCAAAAUCUCAACGCAUUGCGUAAAGGUAAACAUAAAAAAUUGUGGACCUUUUAUAAGAGUAGUAUAUGUAUGCUGUACAUUUUACCUCUCAUCACUUAUUUAUAAAUUAGCAGUGACUCGGGUUGAAUGAGAUGUGUUUGUGUAAAAAAAAACUGCGUAUUUUUGUGAAAGAAAUAACAAAAUGUUGAACAAAUAUCAGCCAAUGCUGAAUUGCAAGUAUGCAGGGAUCCACUGUAUACUGAAAAUGACCAUAGGAAUAUGUACAUAUUCGGUAUAUAUUCAAGGGAGACUACUAGCCUGGAUAUAAUUGACUGUAGAGUAGUCAGCGUACAGCUUGUAUGACGUGUCAACAUAGUAUGAAGUGCCUUUAGUAUGUUGCUUUGAGAGAAUUUUGCAUCAUUUACUGUAGUCAUCUUCAUGAAUGAUUUUUAACUGUGAAAGUUUUUAUGUUUUUCUCAUGUGAAGGCUGAGCUGUGAUUGUUAGUCUUCCCUGACAGGACUAGAGGUGUACUUUGUUGUGGCUGAAUAAAACCUAUUUUGCUACAUUUUUGUGUGCCAUGUCAGUAAGAUGCUUUUCUCAGUCUUUUUGCUCUCAAUAUAUGCUCAUUAAUUGCUUCUUUAAAAAAAAUGUCUCUAUAAAUUACACAGAGGAAAAUCACGGUUUAUUGCAAUUUUUACUUUCUCCCGAAAUUAUAUUGCAACAAACAUCUAGAAAAAACACAGCAACUUCCAACGCAAUUUUUGGGAAAAAAAAAACUCCUGCGAACUCAGGAAUUUACGCCCGCAACAAUUUCAAAAUCCUGGAAGGCCUGACUUAACAACCAAGGCCAAAAGAAGUGUGAGCAUCAACAAAACA